GGAACGGUUCCUUCGGCCCAGGUUAAGGUUUUCGUAAAUUCCCCUUGAUUCAACGAGCCCUUCUUUGUUCAUCGUCUCUCCACGUAGGGUUCUUCAUGGACGUAGACAAACGGUAGCCGAGGCCCUACCUCUGUCUCAAUCCUUUCGUGGUAUCAGGUCACCUCAGUCGGCUGUCAACUCAACCGUCUUGCUUCUCGUUGCCAAUCAUGUUUAUAUCAACGAAACGCGCCGUUGCGCUGACUUGCGGAGUCUUCGUCUUCGUUCUUUUGACGGGUUACCAGUCGAUAAAGUACAAUUUCAUACCAAACCCUCUACAUAAUGUCCUGGGGAACGGCACAUUCGAUAGACCGGGCUCGCUCGCAGAGCUGAAGCCGUUCUGGACCACCGAGCAGCUAGAACCUCGAUUUGCAUAUGUUCAGUACGCGACGGACAUCAACUACCUGUGUAAUGCAGUGAUCAACUUCAACCGCCUGCACCGCUUCGGCGCAAAGCACGACCAGGUCCUGAUCUUUCCCAAAACUUGGGCGGAAGGGGAUUCGAAGGAGGCCAAAGCUGUUCGAAACAUCCAAAAGGCUUUACCGGACCUCGUCAUGCGACCAUUUGGUCUACUCACUACACAUAAAGGAGAGGCAACAUGGUCCAAGAGCCUAACCAAGUUCCACGCCUUCGAUCUUACGGAUUACACACGAGUGUUGGCCUUCGAUUCCGACUCGCAGAUCUUGAAGAACAUGGAUCACUAUUUUCUGGCACCAAUGGCGGCCGUGGCCGUCCCCCGCGCGUACUGGCUGAAUGAGAAGGAUACGCCCAUCGUCAAGCAAGUCCUUGGCUCCCAUGUCAUGCUCAUCGAGCCCAAUAAGUCACGGUACGAUAAGAUCGUGCGCGAGGCGCUCAAAUCCGGGGAUUUCGACAUGGAGGUCAUGAAUCACAUGUUCAAGGACUCGGCCAUGAUCCUCCCGCAUCGUCGACUUGCACUUUUAACCGGCGAAUUCCGAGCCAAGGAGCACCAGAAAUACCUUGCGCCCGACGACGACGAGGAAUGGAACGCCAUGGCCGAGGUAUCAAGAGCCUAUCUGGUCCACUUCAGCGAUUGGCCGUUGCCAAAGCCGUGGCUCUCCCGUUCGGACGCGCAAUGGAAAGCUGCCUUGCCGGACUGCCCCGACGACGAAGAAGACAAGCCUGAUCGACCCCGGUGCGCCGAUCGGGUUAUGUGGGAAGGAUUUUAUGAAGAUUACGAAAGCGACAAGAAGAGAUAUUGCAAGUCUUGGUUAUGAUCGCCGCAUACAUACCAGUACAGAGCAUCAUAAUCCAAAAGCUUGCGUCUCAACCCAAGGGGUCGCGGAAUACAGCGUCUCCGAUGUCGGUACGCCAAGUUGUGAACGAUCUCGUGUUUCGGCCAAGGACGACGACGAUGAAAAGCCUCGGAAAAUUCCUCAGGGCUACCUCAGAGAGCUGUUAGCCAUGGCAUACAAUUCACUCCUGAAGCAUCGCUAGCGGGCGGACGGCGGCAUCCGGCCCUUCCGACUUACCCGGCACACACGGCGCAGAAGCGGCUCGGGCAUGCCGAGCUCCAUGAUCACUUACUAUCAAAGGCCCCACGACGGGCGAAAGGGUGGUCAACUGGGCCGUGCCAGCCGGCUCUCACAGUCUUUUCGCCUGAUAAUCGGAGAACGAGAAAAACAGGCAUGUUGGCUUGCCAGAUAUUGCGAGGAUAUAAGCCACACUUGGCAUUCCAUUCCAGCUGGCAAAAGUUGCUCGUUGGCUCCAAUCUGCCAGUUUGGCUGCCAUUGGGACUUCUUUCACAGCAAGACGCGGCAAAGAUCCUAAUCCGUCAGGAUGCCGCGAGAGUCUAAGCCAAGGAUGCGCCGAGGGAAGCUUCUAGCAAGAACUCGUCUCCUGAGAAAUCUGGAAAUAGUGACCUUGGCAGGAAAAUAGAAACGCUGAAUAGAUAUAGAAGAACGUAAUUGACUAUCUACCGCAUCCAAGUG